GAGUGAAUUCAAGAAAAGAACUUUUAUCGAUUGAUAAUCAAAAUUUCCCAAAUUGAACUGAACCCUUCCGAGUUCCCAGCCCACCGACUUGUUGCAAAUCCACUCAUCCUCCACCCGCCGCCGCCGCCGCCGCCGCCGCUCCACAUCUUCGUUUUUUUGCUGGUCGAUAUCUUCACUGCUCGUUGCACCGCGCUUCAGCUCCAGCCCAGAUCAGAUUCUAAUUAGAGAGAAUUUGGGGAUCAAGAUGGAGUGCGUGGUUCAGGGAAUUAUAGAGACUAAGCACGUUGAAGCCCUGGAGAUUCUUCUUCAAGGACUUUGUGGCGUUCAUAGAGAGAGUUUGACGGUUCACGAAUUGUGUUUGAAAAGUGUACCCAAUCUUGGAUUGGUAUCAUCAGAAGUCCGACUUUUAUGUGACCUCGAGCAGCCUGAACCCACAUGGACUGUCCGACACAUUGGUGGUGCUAUGAGGGGUGCUGGCGCUGAGCAAAUUUCGGUGCUUGUAAGGACUAUGGCAGAAAGUAAAGUAAGCAAAAAUGCUCUCCGCUUAUUUUAUGCUCUUGGAUACAAAUUAGACCACGAGCUGCUGAGAGUAGGAUUUUCCUUCCAAUUCCAAAGAGGUACUCAGAUAACAGUGACGGUGUCUUCAGUAAAUAAGAUGCUGAAACUUCAUGCAACUGACGAUGCUGUCCCUGUUACACCUGGUAUUCAGCUGGUUGAAGUAACAGCCCCUGCAUCAUCAGAGAACUAUACUGAAGUCGUUGGAGCUGUAUCAUCUUUUUGUGAAUUUCUAGCGCCACUGCUCCAUCUAUCAAAACCCGGCGUAUCAACAGGAGUUGUUCCCACAGCUGCUGCAGCGGCUGCAUCUCUGAUGUCAGAUGGUGGAGGCACAACGCUAUAAUGGAGGUACUUGAAAUUGUGGGCAUCGAAACUUAGUUUUUCCUUCGCUUCCUGUGCCCCCCCCCUCCCAUCGGCCGCCCUCUUAGCGUAUAAUAAUAUACAAGUUGCAACUACUCCAUUCUAAUUGUCAGAGUUGUCUUAGUUCAUUUAACGUGUGUAGGGGAAUGGUUCACGUCCCUCUAAUUUUCCCCUAUUGUUUUUAUUCAAGAGAUCAUACAUUGAAGCUUGAGAUAUGCGUAGUGCUGGAUCUUGGAUCAAUGAGAAGAUCGAGGUAUUAAAUUUUAUGCAA